UUUAAAGACGCGUGCACCUAUCGACACAAUAAUUUUGUAUUUUAUAUUUCUUUUUCUUUCUCAAUUCAUAUUCUAAAUCGGUUGUUAUUUUUCUUUACAUAAACUUUUAUUAUUCACAUUUUAGUAAACAGAGAUUCCAGCAUCUUUGAGGAAGGACAAAUUCGCAUAAAUGUCCGGAAUUUCCCAGUACACGCAGACACAGCCGCGCUCCACCAUUUUGCGGUCAGCCCAAACCCAAGCCUCGGCUUCAGCUUCAGCCUCGGCCCCAAUAGUAAAAAUCACGGAAGAAAGGAUCCAGGAGAUUAAAGAGGCAUUUUCAUUGUUCGACACAAACAAGGACAACCACCUCGACUACUACGAGCUAAAGGUGGCCAUGCGCGCACUUGGAGAAGUCCUGAAGAUUAUGAAGCGGUUCGGUACGAGCGACGGGGCAAAGAUUUCUCAGGAUGCUUUUGUCAAGCUCAUGUCGGAGAAGAUUGCAGCGCGCGAUCCUGUAGACGAGUACAAAAAGGCCUUCAAGCUCAUUGAUGACUCGAACUCGGGCAUUAUCAAUGCCACUAACUUGCGCCGGGUUGCACGCGAGCUGGGCGAAAACAUAGAUGACGAUGAGCUGCAGGCGAUGAUUGAUGAGUUCGACAUGGACAACGACGGUGCCAUCAACGAAGAAGAGUUUAUCAAAAUCAUGAUGGGCGGCCAGUAGACGAAUUUGCGCGCACAUAGAGCUCAUCUCAGCCAUAUUCUCCUAUUUAACGCGGGCGACAUAGGCAGGACUGAGCUCUUUUAUUCUUUUAUUUUCAAGCCAGCACAACUUUUCAUAUUUCUUUUACUCAUCAUAUUUUCUCACAAGACGAUUGAAAUUACCUGAAUCAAAUAAACUAUUUCAAUU